CCGGUCGAUUUUAUCCAGUAGUGAACUAUUUUCCGCGAAAGUGAUCGAUUUUUUAACCAAACAUUAAUGUAUUACACAAUAAGAAGUCUGUUAAUGCAAGCUAGGAACACCUAUAAGAAGUUUACAGACAUGAAUAAGAGCAAUAUUGCUAAACUUCAAAUGUGUGGUACGGAGGAGGAGAUGAGGGAAGUGGCUGGCAGGAUAUGCAGGAACUACCUCCAUGGAGCUUGGAAGACCGUGGACCCUAAAGAUCUGAGUUUCAGACGGAUUAGUGGUGGUCUAUCCAACUUCUUGUACUAUAUAGCUCUUCCUGAUGACGUGUCUAAAUGGGGGGGCUACCAGAAGCGGGAGAGCUCGCCAGAAACAGACCCUGAGAACGUUGACAAUAAGAACCUUAGGAGGAAUCUGGUCAAGAGCACCUCCUUCUCCAUUGAGGAACCUAGAAAGGUUUUACUAAGAAUCUACGGCCAAGUUCACGGUGAGCGCGCAAUGGAUGCCAUCGUCACCGAAUCUGUGAUCUUCACGCUUUUAUCAGAGAGGAGACUUGGUCCAAAGCUACAUGGCGUCUUCUCCGGUGGCAGAAUCGAACAAUAUAUACCUGCAAGGUGUCUACUGACAAAAGAACUAGCAGACCCGGCGUUGUCAAUGAAAAUUGCUGAAAAAAUGGCAGCUAUACAUUCAAUGGAGGUUCCUCUGAAUAAGGAACCCAACUGGAUCUGGAAGACCAUGUACAAAUGGCUGAAGACUGUGAAAGAGGAGAGGCUGAGCAAUACUGGUCAGGGAAAGAACGAACAAGAGCAGCGUAUUAUCCAGCAGUUGAAGAAUACGGAUCUGGAAAAAGAAAUAGAAUGGUUGAAGAAGUUCCUCGCUACUGUCGAUUCUCCCGUUGUGUUCUGCCACAAUGAUAUGCAAGAAGGCAACAUCCUACUCGUCGAAGACACGCAAACGGCCGCAGAUGACGAUGUCUCACAAAUGUAUGUUCAAAGUUUCGAAUCAGAUGAAAAUCGUACAGGAAAGAACGGCAGCAUUGACAAGGACCACUUCGAUUCCCAGUUUGAGGACGCUAAUACUUCUGACACAGUUUUAAGCCACAUGUCCGAUUGGGGCGAGCCAAAAUUGGUCCUUAUUGAUUUCGAAUAUUGUGCUUAUAAUCAUCGGGGAUUUGAUAUCGCCAAUCAUUUCCAAGAGUGGGCGUUUGACUAUACCAAUCCUGAACAUCCGUUCUAUUACGAAAAUCAGGACUGCACGCCGAGUUUGGAGCAGAAGGAAAUAUUCAUACGUGAGUACCUAAAACAUUAUCAAGCGAAUGUCUCAGACAAGACCGAGGUCAGUUUGGACGAUGUCAAUAAGCUGCUGGAUGAGGUCGAAGCGUUCGCACUGGCCAGCCAUCUGUUCUGGGCUCUCUGGUCGAUAGUCAACGCGUCAAAAAGCCAGAUACCCUUCGGUUAUUGGGAAUAUGCUGUAUCAAGACUAGACACCUACCUGAGGCUAAAACUGGAAGUCAUCAAGAAAGACAAAUAUGGACUCCCCCAAAAGAGGAAAAUAUGUGAGGUCGACAUAUGAGAGGGGUUGGGAGGCCUCGCGCUGUAGACCCCACAAGUCACUCCGGCGCAGAGCUAUUUGGACCCCGCUAGGUCCAGACCCCGGUCAAGUAAGACCCCGUAGAGUUUGACCCCCCGAAUUUGAGUUUUUAACUCUUGAGAUGGACGUUUUUGUUCGUAAUGGACAUUCUGGACUGUCUUCAAAGGUCUGUGUAUAUUUUGGGAGUGUGAUUCCAGUGUGGAUUUCUACCCAGUCCAUUCCGAAAUUGGGUAGUAUAUGAGUUCUGGGUGUAAAUAAUAUUAUAAAAACUGAUUUUUGAUUCCUUGCAUACAGUAUUCCUUAGAGAAAUAGGUUUUUUAACCAGUUUUUUUGGACCCCCUAAAGGUCCAAAAUUGUGUACGGGACCUAAAAGUCCUUUGUUAUGAAUGCUUAUAGUUUUUUCAGUACAGUUGGCAACACAGGUUUUGUUAAAUCUACCAAAUUAUUUUGUUAUUUGUAUUUUAUGUUGUUUAGAAUACAAAUGAGAUUUUUUUGGAUAUUCAACACCAAAAAUACUUUUGUUGCUAACUGUACGUUUUCCAUAUGAGAUCUGCAUAUCCUUAUUAGAUAAGUAUGCUUGAUGUUAUCGAAGCUAUUUGAGAUUCCCUCGAAUCGUUAUUAUAAGUACAAACGAUGUUUGAAAAAUGACUGAAAUGUAAGAUUUGAGAUAUAUUGAGCGAUUCGGGCGACGAAUAUUCCGAGUUUGAAAGUCGGACGGACUCGGAAAGUUGUGUACUUAAGUUUUUUUUUUGAAAAAGUUGGUCAACUGUUGCCCGAUUUUUUGUGUUUUUUAAUUCUUAUCCGUGUCAACUUAGGAACACAAUGAAGCGAACCUUCUUUAUGAUUUCCUAUGUUUUUUUACGUCGUCAACAAAGUUGCUCGUCUAAG